CGACCUCGCGUCCCUGGAAGCGGCGUAGGGAUUCAGUUUGGUAAGGAUGGGCAGAGACAGAGAGAUAUAUAAUAAUGUAAUAAUGUUUCGUUUAGUUUAGAACUGUUAAAGGGCUGCCGUUCGAGUGGGCGACAAGUCAGGAGCUUUUAUGAGCUUCAGAGCCGCAGCGGGAGAGCAGCCCCAGAGAGAUGGAUGCAGCAGGAGGACAGAUUGGGGAUCAGAUGAUCCUGGAGGAAGAAUACGAUCCAAAUUACAUCCCCACGGAGCAAGAGAUCCGGGACUAUGCCAGGGAGGUGGGCAUCGACCCUGACAAGGAGCCCGAGCUGAUGUGGCUGGCCAGGGAGGGCAUUGUGAUGCCACUGCCGUCGGAGUGGAAGCCGUGCCAGGACGUGACUGGUGAAGUGUACUACUUUAACUUCACCUCGGGCCAGUCCACCUGGGAUCACCCCUGUGACCUGCAGUACCGCAGCCUGGUGGCCUCGGAGAGGGACAAGCUGCAGGCCAAGGGGCUUGGACAGAAAAAGGAGAAGAAGAAGAAGAAAGAGAAGAAGGAGAAGAAAGAGAAAAGAGAGAAAGAGAAGAGAGAGAAAGAGAAAGAGCUGCUCAGACCCCCGGCGCCAGUGAUGUCAGCGCUGGCCCCUGUGCAGGCUCCUCUGGGGUCCCUGGCUCCGCUCCGUGGCCUGCUGGACUCUUCGGGGUCCACGCUGCGUGGAUCCGUGGGCAGCUCGGGAGGGCUGGAGCCCCUGCGAUCGUCGUGCGGGCUCCCCCGGUCGGGGCUGGACUCCAGUCUGCUGGGAGUGAGGCCGGAGGAGAAGGUUUCCCUGUCGCUGCUCGGGUUUGAGGAAGAGGAGGACAGAGUCUCUGAGGGAGAGAGUCCGCGUGGGACGGCCCGGCUGCUGCAGAACUUGCACAUGGACAUAGGAUCCCUGGGAGCCGGGUUCGAGUACGAGGACAGUGAGAGCGCAGGGACGCCCCCCCAGAGUGCCCCCCCGGAGGAGCAGACUGAGCCAGAGCUGCAGGACCUGCGCGCCUCUGAGGACGAAGAGGGGGACAGCCUGCGAGAGGGAUCUCUGAAGGCUAACCCCUGCUCAGUAGCUGGGAGCCAAGCUUCCACCCCAGACUGCCUCAGCGAUGGGGUCUGCCCUCCCACCCCUGACAAAACAGGGCCAGGCAGCGAGAGAUCGCCCCCUGCAGGCUUGGAGGACAGAGACACGGGCAGCGAGGUAGAGGAGGAAGAGGAGGCGGAAGGGAACCCCGAGACUGGAGGCCCUGGAGAAAAGGAGAGCCCCCUGUCCAAAGUGGCUGGAGAAAUGAGUGUGGAUUCUGGGGAGGUGAAAGAGAGAGGUCCGCCUCAAGACAGAAAGAAACCCUCUCUUUCCAAAGCUAUGUGGGGGGCCAGGAGGAGUGAAGGGGGUCCCAUGGAUUCUAUACUAGAGGAGACGGGGGAGAGCCAGGAGAUGAGAUCGGAGCCAGACCAGGAGGGAGAGGACAGCCCGGAGGUGUCUGAACAGGAGAAGCCAGACAGAGGAAGUGUCGAGAUGGAAGGGGCUGGGGAGGGAGAGGGAGAGAAGGAAGAAACCAGCAGCGUCUCCCACUCUGAUUGUGGGGAGUCAGAGGAGCUGAUUAUAGAGAGAGGAGGGGGCAGGAGCACCUCCAAGGAGCCUGGGACUGUCCCCCUGAUAACCCAGCCCGAAGAGGAUUCCGAGGCCAGUGAACACAUCAAGGAGCUGCGGGUCUCCCUGCACUCUGAUGAGGAGGAGUCCAGAAAACACAAGGAUCCUGUGUUUGGAUCCUGCAUUUCGGAGCAGGUCCUGGAUGUGGAGGCCCUUUCCCCAGCCCUGCAGAGCCCCAAAUCAGAGGAAAAGGACUCUGUGGAAGACAGGAAAGAGGAGAGUGUGAAAGCACAGGAAGAGGAGGAGAGGAGGAAGAGAGCCGAGGCUGCGGAAAGGCGCAAGAGGCAGGAUGAAGAGCGUAAGAAGCAGGAGAAAAGCACUCCUGACCCUCUGGAAGAGCCGAAGCAGCAAGCUAAACCAGGCAGAGGCCUGGAGGAGAGGCAGGAGGAGGCAGACAGAGGCGGGAGGCUGCAGCGCUCGUAUGGAGAGCGCAGGCCAGGUGUGGAGAGAGGAACGGCUCGGGACUCUUCUCAAGACUCGGUGGAGGAGCAGAGUCAGGAGACGGAGAGGCAGCUGGAGGCAGAGCGAGGCAGAGCCCUGCAGGAGAGGCAGGAGAGGCUGAGGGGGCUCCGAGAGGAGAUGGGGAGAGAGGAGGAGGAGCAGGCACGAGUCCUACAUCAGGAGAAGGAACACAAACUCAGGGCGCUGAGAGAGACGCUGAGAGAGGAAACAGAGGAAGAGGAGGAGAAACUGAGGGAGGAGGAGAAGGAGAGGCUGCAGAGGCUGCGGGUUCAAAUCAGAGCAGAGACUGAGGAGGAGGAGAGGAAACUCAGGGAGGAGAAGGAGUCUGUCCUGCAGGAUCUGAGGGGCUCUCUGGAGGCAGCGAGGGCCUCCGAGUCGAGGGAGCUGGAGGCCAAGAGGAGGGAGCUGCAGGACUCCCUGAGGAAGGAGGUGGAGGAGGCGGUGAAUGAGGAGAGGCGCUGGCUGGAGGCUGAGAGAGAGAGGCAGCUGGAGCAACUGAGGAGCACUCACGAGAAGCAGAGGAAAGAGGAGCUCCAGGCUUUGGAGAAGCAGCAUUCCCAGGAGCUGCAGCAGCUGAGGGAGACGGCCCAGGAGAAGCACAGCAAGGUGAUCAGCAGCCUGCAGAAGCAAAUCUCAGAGGCUCAGAGCAGCGAGGAGGAGCAGCUACAGGGAGACCUGCUAAAGGCUCAGCAGAAAAUACAGCAAGCGGCCGAGUACAAGAGGGAGCUGAGUGACCUGCUGCGUGACAAGAGGCAGGAAGUGGAACGGGAUCACGAGAGGAAGCUGGAGGCGCUGAAGGAGGAGCAGAGAGCCGUGCUGGAGCAGAUCAGAGAGGAGCAGCUGGAGGAGGAAAGGAAGCAGAGGGCCAGGCUGCUCAGCACUCUGCAGGAGGAGAGAGAGAGACUGCUGGGGGCUCACGAGAGAGAGCUGUCUGAGCUGAGGGCUGAGUUGGAGGGGAGGCUGCAGGACACACGGCACGCUCACAGCCAGAAGGAGGCUAAACUACAAGACCUGGGGGAUGAGCUGGAGCUGAGGGCCAGGGAGCUGAAGGCAAGGAGCACCCAGCUGCAGGCACAGGAGGAAGCUUUGAGGAGAAGGAGGGAGCAGCUGCAGGAGGAAGAGGAGCAGGCAGAGCGGCACAGAGAGAAAGCCCUAGCAGCAGCAGCAGCAGCAGCAGCCACGGUGGACUCCAGCCGUGUGGAAGAGCACUCGCUGCAGGACUCCAUUCGGCAAUCCCGUCGGGAGCUGGAGAGGCUGCAGGGAGAGAGGGAGAGCCUGGAGACAGAGGUGCAGGGGCUGCAGCGCCAGAGCCAGAGACUGCAGAGGAGAGUCAGUGAGUUGGAGGCAGCAGUGGAGAGGAAGCAGGGGGCUCUCAGGUCCCUGUCCCUGAGUAACGGAGUGCCCCCUGCUGAGCGAGAGGAGGGAGAGCUGCACAUCGCAGACCUGCAGGGAACAGAGGCCAGGCUGAACAAAGCAGACACGGGUUCAACAGAGGCGGUGGAGAAGGAAGAAGACAUCAGCAUUGAUGAUGUGCGUCACUAUAUCUCCUCGGAGGGGGUUUCUCUGCAGAAGGCAUGGCAGUUUCUGGAGAGGCAGAGCAGUUCCCUGUGCAGACGGCAGGCUGUUCUGAAGGCAGCGAAGCAGCAGUGGCGGCAGGACGUGCUCAGGGCUCAGGCAGAGCAGGGGCAGGACCCAGACAGCUCCCUGCAACUGGAGGACACAAACAGGACCCUGCAGCAGGAGGCGUGUCACCUGGACCAGAUGAAGUCGACGAUGCACAAGGGCAGUUCACUGCUGCGCAGGAAAGAGGAGAGACUGAGCCAACUGGAGAACUCACUGCUGGAGGAGCUCUCUGAUGAAGACACACUCAGGGGCACGGCCGGCAAGAAGAUGGUGACCUUCGACCUGAGCGAUUCUGAUGACAUCAGCAGCAUAGACAGCACCGCUCCACCUCCGCACACGAGUUCCAGGAACCCCGCGCUGCCCCUCGCCCCUCCCAGGAAGGUCCAGUUCCUGAGCGAGUCGCUGCAGCGGAUCUCCAGCCAGCUGAACAGCGUACUGGGAGUGCUGGGGUCACUGGGGCAGCAGCAGUCCCCUGUCUUCCCCUCCUCACAGUCUGUACCGCUGCCCCCGGCCCCCCUCUCAGUCUACAGGUCCCAGUCUACGGGAGCGGCGUACCCCAGUCCGAACCCUGCCGCCUCCCCCCUUCCCACCUCCUGGGCCUGGGGCUCCCCCCUGCAGCCCUCGCACAGCGUCGACCAUCUCCUGACCGAGAAGUGGCACAAGUACUUCCCAGGGGGGGCCCCGGAUGUCAGUGGAGCCCCGACUCCUCCCCCGAGUGUGAGCCAGCUGGGGUACACACCCGCCAGCGAGCAGAUCCGGCGUCUCCGAGCCACACAGCCCAGCGCUCCUGUGGCAGACCGGCACCGCAUCCAGGGGCUCAUUGACUCCAACAAGAAGUGGCUGCAGGACUUCAAGAAGGACCCCAAAACGCCUCUGUUCACUCGCACAAGAAACCCCCCCUCUAUCCCUGGUUUGGUCCAGCUGGGGCUAGAUGAGAAUAACCAGAUCAAGGUAUACCAUUAUUGAAACGGGGGACGAGACAGAGUGGAGACGAGCAUCGAGCACAGAAGCGAUCCACCUGCUAGAGACACUGCUGCACUUUCGUAUGGAACAGUUAUUACAGGAGUGUGCUUUGAAUCUGCAAACACAUCUUUAAAGGGUCUAAUUGAGGCUGGACGCAGUGCUGUAGUGUGUGUGUGUGUGUGUGUGUGUGUGUUCAUUCUACGUUCAAUCAAUAACAUAUUUAUGAGAAUCUCAAACACGCUGGGAAUAUAGCUUUCAUUUUUUUAUAUAUAUAUAUAUAUAUAUAUACAGUCUCAAUAUUUUGUGUAUAACUUUCAUAUAUUAGCAUUGUUAUGAUAUUUUUGUAUUUUAAAAAAAAGGUGAAAUGUAUAUUACUAAGUUGUGUGAUAGCUAAUAGCUAACAUGCAGAUCACAAAGAGGGUGUAAAACUUCUGUCGUUUACAUAGUCACUGUGACUAAAUAAAAAAUCAUCUGAGGACCAUA